AUGACUAGCCUGUCUCUCUUGGCUGCUGCGCUGCUCAGCUUUGUGUCCUGCUCCAUCGCAGGCAGCAUCGUCUUUGGAUACCUUCCGACCUGGCAGCUCGAGGCAGCCAAGGACGUUGAUAUUUCUCGCUACACGCACGUCACCAUCGCCUUUGCUGAACCCUCCUCUAACGGCACGCUUGAAAUGGACAACCGUGACUCGGCCAUGGAGUGGGUGCCUGAGAUUACCAAGGCCGGCGCCCAAGCUCUGGUGUCAGUCGGUGGAUGGACAGGAUCCAAGCACUUUUCGCCCAUCAUGAAGGACGCAGGCAAGCGGGCACAGCUGAUUGACAAUAUUGUGUCGUGGGUCAAGGACUACGAGCUCAACGGCAUCGACAUUGACUACGAAUAUCCGGGGCGCCAGGGCGACACAUGCCAUCCGUUUGAUGCACGCGUGGAUACUGACAAUUUUCUGACCUUUUUGACUGACCUGCGCUCAGAGUUUUCCCGUGUCUUCAAUGACCGCAAGCUGAUCACGUUGGCCACCCGCUUCCAGCCCUUCGACGGUCCCAACGGCCCGAUGCGCGAUGUGUCCGACUUUGCCUCUACCACCGGACCAAACGCGCCGUUCAACCACGAGAAGGACAAGGGUCUGCAAUAUUCGUUUACUUCUUCGAUCAAGGAAUGGGUUGAUGCCGGAAUCCCGGCCGAAAAGAUCCUUGCCGGCCUCCCCUUCUAUGGCCGCACUGUCACUGCACAGAAUGACCUGAGCGUGUCGCGGCAGAUGUAUGCGCCGCUGAAAAAGGAGUCAGACAAGUCGUGCGGCGGACCCAAGGCAUUCUCGGGUGUCUGGAAGUACAGCAAACUGCGCGGACAGGCAGUAUUGUCCUCACCUGAUGUCGCCGAAGAGCCAUGGAUCAGGCAGUUUGACAAGGUCACCAAGACACCAUGGCUGUUCAACACCGAUACCAAGGACUUUGUGUCGUACGAUGACCCGGCAAGCAUCAUGUACAAGUGCAAAUACGUCAAGGACAACGGCUUGGGCGGCGUCAUGGUGUGGUCCAUGACCAACGACUUCCACAAUGAGCUUGUCGACGCCAUCAGCUCGAUAUUAUAAUUUGUAAUGUCUUAAAACUAUCUAGUGUAUCCAGAACUGCGCCUUCUAAAAAGCCCAUUGAGAUCACUGGCAUGUCACCGUGCGAGUCCUUGACCGCACCCAUCAGCAGCGAUGUCAGAAAAUCGCCGCUGAGGGGCGUUUCACCGGCGUUGAGCAGGGCCUUGCUGAUCGCCUGGUUGAUCGAAGGCGUGGAUGCAGACUCAGGCUUAGGGCCAGGCUCUGGUUGGCUCUUGCCCCGCUUGCCCUUGAUCAUGAUCGCAUUGGUGAGCUGAUCCAGGUUGGCCUUUUUGUUUCAGCGGGGGCUGCUUCUUCGGAGGCACAACCUUCUGACGCUCCUCAACAAUCGUGAUGCCUCCAUCAUCAUCGU